AUUUAAUUACAUAUUAGUAAACAUUAUAAAAAGUUAAUUUUUAAAAACUUUACAUUAGUAGAAAUUUAAUAACAUUUUAUACAUAAAAGUUUGACUUUAUAUAUUAUUAGAAAAGAGAAAAUUGUCAAAUAAGUCCCUGUAGUAUAUCACAAUAGUCAAUUAGACCCCGUAGUUUGAAAACACUCAAUUGAACCCUCAAAAUUUGUAAAAUCACUCAAUGAGCUUUAUAGUAGGUAUAACCAUCCGGUUCUCCGGUUACUUGUAUGUGUGGUCCAGCCCAUGUGGCAAAUAUUUUCCUUUUUAUUUUCUUUUUCAUUUUUUCUUUCUUUUAUCUUUUUCUUUUUCUCUCGGUCAACCGUCAACUCCCUUUCCUCCUUUCCCAAUUCUCUUCUCCUCUCCUCACCGCCGGAAUCAAUGGCCUCUCCUAAUUCGAUGUUGAAGCUUUAAUUUCCCCCUCUGUACUCAAUCCCGAAAGCGCCUUUGGGAGUGGCAAAUUUCUGGUGUCUACACUUCGAUGUUUCAGCCAUGUUCUUUUUCUCCAUCAAAGUUAAAACAUACUCUGCUUUGUGUUACUUUCACCAAACUAUCUCCAACUUAUUAAUUUUGCAUUUCCAAUCAAUUAGAGGUAAGAAGGAUUGGCUUAAACAUAAAAGUUCUCACCUGUAGGUAGUCUAUUUGUGUUGUCUACCCUAGGAUUUUUCACCUAUAGAUCUGGCGAGAAAAUUUAACAGCUUUAUUCUUAAUUUUCUCAUUUUAUCAAUUUGUGAUUCAAUUAACACAAUUAAAAGUUGAUGAAAUCAUGUGUCAGCGAAGGUUGGGUUUCUGAUGCCACUGUGGUAAUCAUCCCCUUAGAAUUUGCACGCCUUUGGGAGAUAUGGCAGCUCACUGAGAUCUCAAGGAUGAGUUUUGAAGUUGGCGGCGCAAUAGUUUACUGGGGUCAGUCCUCCCUUGUGGCAAAGCAUGUGGGCCUUAACUCUGGACGCCGCCAGGUCUGGUGGUUGGCGGUUGGGUGCAGAGAAGAGAAGGGUGGUGUUAUGGACCGAGAGUUUUUGAUGGUUUUGGGAAGAAGAAUGAAGAAAAGUUCCGUACAGUUAGUUAGGGAGAGCAGAAAAAGAAAGGUGUGUGAGAGAGAAAGGUAGUAAAUGAUAAAAGGGGUAUUACUUGUUACCUCUCAUUUCCAUUCCUUCCAUAUAUAUAUAUAUUUACUACACCAGUGUAAGCUUAGCCAGAACCCAAUUGUACAUAUGGGCUUAACAAAAUUUAAAUAAUAAUAAUAAUAAUGGAUAAC